AUCUGCAAUUUGCUUGCAUUGUCGUGACGUCGUCCAAAUUUAAAGAGUCUGGGGUCCCCUUAUGAUCGACGAAUAUCCUCAUCCCAGAGACAAUAUCAAUUUCAGUCAAUUGAAUUCGCGAUGCUGCCGCUCUCGCGACCUCGCCGCAUCGUCGGGGUAAGCCUGAAGAUGUAUUACGACCUGCAAAACACUCUCUCGUAUGUUCGGGGUGUAUAUCAACUCGAUGGCGAAGCGUGGAACGCACGCGUGGAUCUCUUCGUGAUCCCCGACUUCGUGACUCUGAUGGAGUCUGCGCGCAUCCUCGAAUCCUCGCACGUCAUGCUUGGAGCCCAGGACACUUUCUGGGAAGACAAUGGGGCAUACACAGGAGAAGUCUCUCCCCUCGUUUUGCAACAAGCUGGCGCAAAGAUUGUAGAGAUAGGGCAUGCAGAGCGAAGAGCUAUGUUCGGAGAGACUGACGACUGGGUUGCGAAGAAGGCUGGGGCAGCGGCGCGGAACGGCCUAAUACCGCUGGUCUGCAUUGGAGAGAAGACGUACCACAACAUUGCCUCCGCUGCCGUAGGCAUGGCAGUGGAGGAGUGUCGGCCCCAAGUCUCUUCAGUGCUGGCUGCUGUGCCAGACGAUGUUGAGGUCAUCCUUGCAUAUGAACCCGUUUGGGCGAUUGGCGCCUCUAAACCGGCGAACCCCGAUCAUGUUGUAAAUGUCACGAAAGAGCUCAGAAGAAUGACUAGCAAUCGGAACGGAGUAACGAGGAUUAUCUAUGGCGGUAGCGCAGGGCCAGGAACUUUUGCCACGAUUGCCGAAGGUGUGGACGGUCUUUUCCUCGGACGGUUUGCGCACGAUAUCAACAAUCUAAAGCGAGUCAUUGAAGAAGUUGGGGAGGCUUGAAAAUAUGAUACCUGCCAACGUAUACAGCGUCGGGCUCCGAACCUCCUGACUUCCCCGUUUGGAAUGAUCUUUGCGAUCACGUGACACGCAUCAGCUUUUCCUGUAGUGGUCAUAUCAUAAUUACAUUUGGCUGUCAUUCAAC